GGCCCAAUCAAAACAGCCGAAGUGAACAUCCGCCGAAAUUUGAAAACGCCCUCUAGCUUAGCAGUUGUUAGCAGAUAGAGUUUGAGCUAAGCUUGUGAAACACAUAAUGGGCCCGUUGAAUGAAAAGGAUAUCGAGUUCUAUUUUUUUGAGAACAGACUUAAAACCUUUCAAGGGUGGCCGUUUGACGAAGACUGCGCGUGCACUCCUGAGAACAUGGCCAGAGCUGGUUUUAUCCACACGCCAUCAGAGAACAGCCCGGACACGGCCAUGUGUUUCUUCUGUCUCAAGGAGCUGGAAGGCUGGGAGCCAGAGGACGACCCAGAGAAGGAACACAGAUCCCAUUCGUCAUCCUGCCAUUUUAUCGCCCUGAAGAAAAAAGUAGAGGAGCUGACCAUGGAAGAAUUCUUCAAACUCCAGAAGGAGAGGCACAAAUUCGUAGUUAACAAAACUGGAAACGAGGCCACUGCCAAGUUUGAGGAAGCAGCCAGGCUGAGGCGAGCAGAAAUCAUUAAGACGGCCAUGGGAGAGGAGUGAUCCAGGAUGGAGAGAUGAGCCUUCCCUCACUCUGACCAUUUUCUGUUUUUAGCUUCUGUGCUGUUGUUUUCUUGUUUCUUGCUCUUGGUGUUGUUUGUACCAUGUGCUGGUUCAUAGCACUAUGAGGUUUUACAUUAAACUUUUAUUAUUUACAUGGUUUCAUUAACCCAUUUAAUCCCACCGGCAACAAUUGUUGCCAGACAUUUUUUUUCUAACUUCUGGAAGCUCUAGAAGAAUUGUUUUGACUUUUGGCAGCUAAUUGAAGUUUUAAAAUCAAAUAAUAGUGCGUCUACUCUAAGCAAUAUCAAUUUCAUGCAUCUAGUGUGAAAGGUCACAUGACCAGACCUCUUUACUUCCUGGAGUUAAAUGUCAGUUUUAACCUGAACAAGAGGAAGUCAGUAAAAUAUUUUGAACAUAUGUUCUUUCAAGUGUCUUCAACUGAUAUGUAAAGAAAAUUGUAUCCAUUCAUUUAUCUUUUGAUCAUAAGAGUGAUUGUAAGCAUGGCAACAAUUGUUGCUGUUAGCAUAAUACAUAGCACUAUGCUAUUGUCCAUUGGUUUGUUGUUUAUUCUAUAUGCCUUGCUGUUCCCACACAGCUUAAAACUAUCAGAUAUUCUAGACCUGAAGGAACCUCAAAAUGUCUUCUACAUCCCACAGUUGAAACCCUCCCAUAUUUCACCCCCCCAAAAGGUGAUCCUUUCCACAAAGUGUGGCCUAUGCACAGAAUGAUGACUACAAGAUGACGCCACGCCUGAAACUAGUUUAGGACGAGGCCACGGUCUUGUGCUUAGUCUGGUGGAACUGGGGCAAUGUCCUCUCAGAUGCACAUUUGUUCAUACCAAUAUUUUUACCUGAUUUUGCCUCUUUGAUGAAAUGAGGUCAAAGGUCGCUUGGCACAUUGAGACAAUGACAUCUGCAGGAUGUGGCAUUGAAUCUUUAUGUAUCUAAAAUAUUUCUGAACACUUGUAACCAUUCUUUGUUGUAAUAGGUUGUGCAUGUCAUGAUUUUUCUUAUUUUUUAAAAAUGUAUAAAUAGUUCAGAUUUGUGUAGUUUAGACUGCUGUUUCCCACCGGCAACAACUGUUGCAGAGUACAAAAACCUGUAUUUUCACUAAUCAACAUAAAAUGUAAUAAUUCAUAAAUGUGUUCAAGGAUUGAAAUGCAUGCACUUAUUUUACAGGAAAAAAUUUGGGAUUAAACGGGUUAAUACUUUU